AUGGAUCAUACCCAGUAUGAUAGCACGUCAAACCAGGAGAAUAUCCCUCCUCCAUAUAAUCGAAUGCGAAACCAGGAGAGCGUCCCUCCUCCAUAUGAGAGAGUCCCCGCUGUGGGUCCUGCCGAUUUCUCAAUCAACAAUGACUCUGAGAGCGUUGUACCAGAUUCUGAAACAAUUUCAGAGGUUGAUGAGCCUGAGGAACUUGCGAGAAUGCAUAACUUCCUUGACGGAUUGUCGCCUAUGCGACUACACAACAAAAUUUGGCUUUACGUUGCAGGGUUCGAAGAUCGCUUGAGACAAGACGUGUACCACACACCGGAUGUGGCCCUUGCUGGUGGCGAAUAUAGCGGAAUAAGCAAGCAAUACCUCGAGAAUCCCCUCUGCGCGAACUGGCGCAUGCUCCAGUUUGGCUGUUUCGGUGACAGAGAACUCAUGGACUUAGUAAAGAGGUUGCUACUUAAAUUUCACAUUUUAAAUGUAAUUCUCGAGCGCGCAGCACUUAUACUAGCUUCAAGGGAGUUCAUAUGGCUUAAUCAGUCUGCGGCUGUUAGAGGCAUGCUGAUUCUACUUCGAGUCAUGGUUCCGUUCCUCUCAAAAUGGUUGGAUGACGAACUUUGGAUUUAUUGGGACGCUUAG